AUGAUGGUACUCCUCCGAUUCAUUCUAACCAAUAUCCUAUUCGUAUCAUUCACGCAUACGAUCUUAGACGAUGACGUUCUUUAUGACAUAAAAUGGCAACCAGAAUUGACAGCUCCAUUGGACCUAGCUAAUAGUGCCACCUUCACGUCGAAACGGAAAGAAACGUAUUCUUGUGUAUUACCAACACCUCAAUCAAAAGAUACCACAUUGCCAACGUAUAUUUUGAACAGCGAAUUAGAAUCAUUUCUUCAAAACUUGCAUUCUCAAGCAGCACCCACCUGUGCUUAUCGAUUAGAUCCAUAUUGGACUUACGAACUAUGCCAUGGAACACACGUUCGACAAUAUCAUGAGACGAAAGUGUCCGGCAAAAGGACAAUUCAUCAAGAAUAUAUUCUUGGUUACUAUCGCGCAGAUAGCCAAGAGAAACUUGUGAACGAUCAGGGCGAACCGGUCACACGAAUUUGGUAUAAAACAUUUGAGAAUCGAGAAAUACCGAUGCUAUCUGUUCGGUAUACCCAUGGAGCUAGCUGUGACAUCAAUUCCAAUGAACCACGUGAAACUGUUGUGCUUUACAUGUGCAAUGAAAAUGGUCGAAAUGGAAUUGUUAACUUUCAAGAGAUUUCAUCAUGUUAUUACGAAGUAAUUUUUGCUUCACCUCAACUGUGCCAAUUACCUGGAUUCAAAGUAACAGAGCCCAACCAGUACAUGAUAAAUUGUUAUCCACAUGAGAAUGCUGGUCAACAGCCACGAAGUUUGAGGAAAAUUGAACGUGAACAACAAUUAUCAAUAGCAAAAACUGGUGUCGCACAAUUUACCAUGACCAGUGCAGAUGGUACAACAUUUAUCAUAUCCUAUCAGUAUGGAAGCGAUGACGACGUUAAAGCAGUCGAUAAAGUCAAUAGUGAUGCGUCUACUGCAAUCAAUCCGUCUGAACCUGGACAGAAGUCAAAUGAGGCUCACCCUACUGACUUUUUAAAGAAGGUUUUCUCCGGUGAAGAAUGUUUGGCGAGCGGAAAUGGUUGGUGGCAAUAUCAAAUCUGCUAUGGCAAACAUGCGACACAGUUUCAUGAUGGUGAGAAUCACCGACUAUCGAUUCUUCUCGGUUCAUGGAAUCGUGACAAGCAUAUCGAAUGGAUAACAGCUAAUCCUCACAAGAAAUCAAGUCAAAACAACCGCGAGCGGUAUGUUUCAUUGUAUUACACAGAUGGUGAUAUUUGUGAAUUAACCAAUCAACCACGAACCGUAGAAGUUAAAUUCAAAUGUUCAAAAAAAGAAGGUCAUUCUGGAGCGGUAACCAUGUAUCUCGUUGAGCCGCAAACAUGUUCAUAUGUGCUAGGAGUUGAAAGUUCGUUGUUUUGCACUUUAAUAGAUUAUACUGACGAAUAUGGUAUUCCUGAUAUCUCGAAAAUGUUCAAAACUGAUCAAGAACCUUGA